AUGGAACAUGAGAUGCUGCAGGUCCUGAAUCCGCAUAGAUUGAGGUCUCUGGAGAAAUGGCUUCAGGAAACCAACAUCACUUUGACGCAGGUUAAUGGCCAGCGCAAAUAUGGCGCUCCUCCUCCGGGAUGGAGAGGUCUGGCACCAGGUCCAGGUUGUGAGGUCUUCAUAAGUCAGAUCCCGCGGGACGUGUAUGAGGACCAGCUGAUCCCGCUGUUCCAGAGCGUGGCCCCGCUCUACGAGUUCCGCCUCAUGAUGAACUUCAGCGGACAGAACCGAGGCUUCGCCUACGCCAAAUAUGGAGACGCGGCUAGCGCAGCCGCCGCCAUCCGGGCUCUAAACCUGUACCCGCUCCAGAGUGGCGUCAGGCUUGCUGUCAGGAGGAGCACAGAGAAGAGGCAGCUGUGCCUCAGCGAUUUGCCUCACAGCAUGGAGCGCAACGAGCUGCUGACGGUGCUGCGGCAAAUCACUGACGGAGUGGAGGGCGUCACCAUGAGGACCACCGGGCCUAAGGAGAAGGACGUCUCUGCACUCGUGCACUACUCCUCCCACUACGCUGCCUCCAUGGCCAAGAAGGUGUUGAUGCAAGCCUUCAAGAAGCUGUACGGCGUGUCCAUCUCUGUCCGAUGGAUGUCCGGAAGCGCCAAAUCCAGACACGAGGAGUAUGACGAAGAGAGUACUCUCGCCCCUUCCGGUCUGAAAUCCACAGCUGUGAAUUCUUUAACCCUGCCACGCUUCCAGCUCAGCCGAGACCCAGAGCAUCCUCCACCUUUUCCUACUCCACCCUCUCCUCUUCACCCGCAGGUCUUCUCAGGGGCAGUAGGGGGUCCAACCCCACAGAUGACGAGUGUGAUGUUACCCCUAAAGCCCAGGAGCACAGAGGAGCCACUGCACGACUCGGUGCACCUGCUGCAUUGGCUGUGUGAGCUGUACGGGCUUGGCGUGCCGCUCUUCAACAUCCGCUACGACCACACAGGCCCUGAUGGCUUCCUGUAUUUUGCCUACAGGGUGGUGGUGCCAGGGCUGGCCAUGCCAUUCUACGGCGUUGUCCAUGUCCUGCCCAGCACCUGCGCCAGCAACAUGGAGGCUGAAGUUCACCGAGCCGCCGCCAAGCAGCUCCUCAAUGCCAUGUGGCAGGCAAGAAAUCCCUGAGAUUAAUUGUGUUUUGGGUGAGAGUGUGACUUUGUAAAGU